AUGGAAGAGAAGACCGGGAGUAUUCUUGGGACUCUCCGAGAGUACGGAGAAAACACCUCGGCGCAUGGCAUCCCUCGCGCCGUCACCACCAAGUCGCUCCCCCGGCGAUUGUUCUGGACGUGUCUGUUCCUGGCUUCCUUCAGUUACUUCUGCUCGCAAGCCUACGACCUGGUGAACAAGUAUCUAGACUACCCGGGAGAUUACGAGGACUACGAGGACUACGACUAUGACUAUGACGAUCACCAUGAAGACUUCAAAACAGCCAACACCUUCAUGGGACUCAUCGCCAACAUGAACAGCACAACUCGGCAGGCCAUUGGUCACCAAGCACGUGACUUUAUUCAAGAAUGCCAGUUCGAUGGGAGGGCCUGCUCACCAAAGAAUUUCUCAGUGUUUACGGACAGCACGUACGGAAAUUGCUUCACAUUCAACAAGGCCAACGGUAACACUGCACCGCAAAGGUCCACAAGCGCCGGGCCAUUAAACGGCCUUUCCCUGAUCCUGUACAUACAGCAGGAGGAGUACAUCCCGUCUCUGACGGAGAAGGCAGGCGCACGUGUAGUUGUACACUCUCCCGAUAGGUGGCCCUUCCCGGAGUUCGAAGGGUUUGACGCUUCCCCUGGUUUUCUGACUUCCGCUGGACUCAGAUUGACCUCCAUCACUCGCCUUGGUGGACGCUAUGGUGACUGUACAAACGGAGGGGGAUACGAGCUCCUGUACGGGGGGACUUACACCCAGGCAAACUGCCUUGUCACCUGUCACCAGCAGCACAUGGUCAGUGUGUGCGGAUGUGCUGACCCUAGUUUCAAGGCACCGGUCAACACAGCCUUUUGCGACAGUGUUACCACCACUGGUCAUGGAAUGUACGAACAGAGUAAAGAGGGAAAUCGCAACAGGUGUGCUGCCUUGUACCUGUCCAGCGAGCUGCUCUCCCACGUACUGAAGAAGCUUCAGACAAAAAGAGGACGUCGUCCCGGUGCAGGUAUUCUGGGGAAUACCGAUCGCUUCAAGAGAAAUCUGUUGAAACUGAACAUCUACUACGAAGCCCUGAACUAUGAACAGAUAAGCGAAUCUCCCGGGUAUGAGGAGGAGAGUUUGCUGGGUGACCUGGGUGGCCAGCUGGGUUUGUGGGUCGGUAUGUCCCUUCUCUCGGCCAUGGAAGUCGUGGAAAUCUUCGCGGAUCUUUUCGCCAUCAUCUUUAAGAAGUUUUCUUCCAAGGAGAUGAAAAUCUCCAAGAAGAUUGACGUUGCUCCUCGCGAGAAGAAAGAUGCUAAUGAUUUAGCUUUAAGUUAUAUAAAAGGAAAUAUGUGAAUUUCAUUAGUGAAAACUCGAAGUGUUUGAUAUUUGUAGACACUGUCUCAAUUUGUCAAUAAUCUUUUAAUGAUGUAAAUAUUGUUUGAUUCAUGCAUUUUAUUAUGUACACCGAAUAUUACGUAGAGUACAAUACAACUCUAUAUAGUAUAGUACAAAACUAUAACAGAAAAAAUGGGAUUCUUAGUGAAAAAUAUUUUCUGAAAUUGUUCAAUAUUUGUAGACAAGUUUUCAACGAUCUAGUGAUGAUGUAAAUAUCGUUUAUAGUUAAUAUACGUUCACUCUUACGUAGAGUACAAUAAAACUCUAUACAGUAUAGUACAAUACUAUAAAAGGUGAUUCUUAGUAAAACUAUAUGCUCAAAUUGUUUAAUAUUCGUAGGCGCUGUGUCUAGUUUUCAACGAUGUAGUAAUAUAUGGUGUAAAUAAUGUUUCGAUGAUUAAUAAAAGACGCAGUUCAGUAUUACAUAAU